GGACUGUGUUUGAUAUGGAUUAGCUAACUUAAUUGGGGAAUAGAAGUGGUGGAAGAUAGUGAAUUGACUGAUUUGUUUCUUUAUGCUUUUGCCAAAUCCAAUUCUAUUGAUGAUUUGAUAAAUGAAGAUGAUUUCGAAGUUGAGCUCAAGAUGACUGAUGGUGAUUCAAGUUUCUAUGGGAAAUUACAUAAGAGUGAUUUGGGUAAAUCAAAGCACCAAAAAAAUACACAAUCAGAUAAUGAAUGGAUCAUCCUAUUGUUACAAUCAUUAUUUAAUCAAUUACCAUUGAAAUCUAUUGACACUGUGGAGAUUGUUGCAAAGGAAUUAAGUAAGGAUGGUGAAACUAUCUUGGAGAUUGAAGUAAAAACCAAAGUUGGUCCUUCUAUUUACCAAACUCUUGGAUUAUUAGAGUUCAAAGCUUUGGCAGAAUCAGAUAAUAUCAAUUAUGCUGAUGAAUUAUUUGAAUGGUCCAAGAUUAUGAGUAGUACAAACAAACAGCUUCAAAAAGAGUUAGUCAAAACCAAAGCUAGAACUAAAUCAUUGGAAGUGGAAUUAAAAGAGAUGCAAAAAUUUCAAGAUGAUUUAGUUGAAGAAUCUAAAGUGAAAGAUGAAAUACAACUCAAGGUUAUGACGAAAUUGUUGAACUCUAAAAAAGAACAUUAUGAGAAAUUGUUGAAAGGUGAGAUUACAGAUGAUCCAGAUGAUUUCAAUCUUAUUGCAAUAAAGAAUAUAAAGGAUGAUUUCAUUCACGAACAAGAGAAAGAAGAGAAACCUAAACCUAAGAAACCUAGAAAAGCUGGAGCUAAAAGACAACCAAGAGGUGUGAAAGCAGCAGCGUUGCUUAGAGGGGAGAAGAACAUAACGAAAGAGUACCCACGCAUUAAGGAUGAAGAUGAAGAUGAGUUCAUUCCAGAUUCUCAAGACGAAGCAGAAGUAAAGAAAGAGAAUGAUCCAGUAGAGAAGCAGAUGACAGAUGAACCAAAGAAGAAGAAAGUCAAGAUCGAACCAAAGGAUUCUAAAAUAAAGAAAGAACAAGACGAGAUACCCCAGGCCGUUAAAGCAGAACCAGAGAAGUCAAUACAUUUCAAAUUUAACGAUGAAGAUGCCACUGAGGAUGAUGAAGAAGUAGUAGAGGAAGAGAGUAAGACCAAAGAUGAUGAAGGAGAUGAGACGGUGGAGGAUACAGAUGAAGAUGGUACAGAAGAGGAUUUAGAGAUGAAGGAUCAAGAUCAAGAUCAAGAGACAGCCACAGAUACAGACUCAGACUCGGAAUAAAUUUUAGAAUUCAGAACAGCCUCCAUUCUCGUUCCUCCCAAAUUACCCAGCACACAUUACGACAACAUUUCCAUUUCCAUUGUGACGUUUCUGGUGAUAAAAUCCAAUCAAAUUGUGUGCCUUGCAGAAUCGAAUCGGUAUUUUUCGUGUUUUUUUUUUUCAAUGGGCAGUGUAAAAAUAGAUCAACACCAAAUUUGAUAUUCAGGGGAAUUUUGUGCAAGGGGAAAAGCAGGGGAAACCCAAUUCUCAGAUGAUUUGAAGGCCUAUGAUUUAGGGAUAUCAUGGCACUG